AUGCCCCAUGUCAUGAUGAAGGGCUUUGAGAACUGUAGGCCGCAGAUCUUGAGGAAGAAAAAGUUGGAAAGAUUAACACCGUGGGACACUGAUGACUUAAAAAAAGACAAAAGAGAAACCUCACAACCAAACAGUGACUUUGAGAUAGUUGCUUCUGAAUCAAUUGACGACAAAUCUUCAGCCCUGGAUGUUAAAGCAUCUUUAAAAGCAAGUUUCUUAAGCGGACUGGUUAAGGUUGAAGGAUCGGCCAAAUACCUCAAUGAUCAGAUGACAUCCAAAAAUCAAGCCAGAGUCACACUGAAAUACAAAACCACCACAAAGUUCCAACAACUGUCAAUUAAUCUUCUCGGAAGAGGAAAAGUAAAGCAUCCAUAUGUUUUCGAGAAUAAAAUAGCAACACAUGUGGUGAUCGGCAUUCUUUAUGGAGCUCAAGCAUUUUUUGUCUUUGAGCAAGAAAAAUCUGAGAAAGAAAGUCAUCAAGACAUUCAGGGCAACUUGAAAGUGAUGAUUGAGAAGAUUCCAUGCCUAUCCAUUGACGGUGCAGGUUCCUUAAAACUGGAAGAUAAAGACACUGAAAAAAUGAAGAAAUUAUCUUGCAAAUUCCACGGAGACUUCCAGCUUGAGAAGACUCCAACAACCUUUCAGGAUGCAGUAGAAGUCUACCAAAGCCUGCCCAGGCUGCUGGGAACCAAAGGAGAGAAUGCUGUACCAAUCAAGGUCUGGUUGCUGCCUCUGACAAACCUAGAUUCAGCUGCAGCUAAACUUGUUCGUGAAAUAAGCAUAGGAUUAGUUCAAGAAGUGCAAAGUGUCCUGGAGGAGCUAAGUGAGCUGGAUAUGAGGUGCAAUGACGCAAUGAGAAACAUCACAACGCAGCAGUUUCCGCAGAUUGGUAAAAAACUCAAAAGUUUUAAAAACAUGUGCUCUGAGUUCAGGCUUGGAUUUCAACAAACAUUAGCAAAGAAACUUCCAUCAAUCCGAGGAGGUGGAGAAGAAGAGUCUGAGCUUGCAGAUAUCUUGAAGAAGAGGCAUUCCUCACCUUUCAACAGCAAAAACCUAAACGAGUGGAUGGACUGCAAAGAGAGGGAAAUAUAUAUGGUGAAAUCUUUCACCAGGAUGAUGAAAAACACCAAAAUCGUCCCGUCUCAAAACAGCCUUCACGAGGAGAUUCUCAAUGCAGAACAUGCCUUGUGUUUUGUCUUCACCUCACUGGAACGUGAUGAGCCAUUCCUCUCUGUUUUGUCCAACUACCUCAAAGGAAGAACCAAGACUGAAAAUGUUGAGAAGGUACAGUGGUACCUGCUAAACUCCCUGGUAGAUGAGAUGAGAACAAAGGUGAAACUCUUCAGUGAUUUUGCAGAGGCCAACAAUGACAAUAAGAGCACAACAUUCCUGACAGUGGGUUUAACGGAUGACAAUCAUGAAGGUUCAACCAUCUACCUCUAUAAAGAUGGAUUUUCUGUCAGUAAGAACUUUGAGCCUCCAUCUAAGCCUGAUAGUGUGACAGCAGCAGACAUAAACCACACCAGUGUGAUCCUGAACAUUUCCCCUCCAUCAUUUGGAGCAGAGAACGUCACCUCCUACUCCGUUGAGUACUGUGUCUGUGGAGAAGAUGAGUGGAAGCAAACGAUAGAACCAAAGUCUGCUGAAAUCACGGUGAUCCACCUGAAGCCAAACACUGAAUAUAUGUUCAGGUGCAGAGCAGUGGCCUCAGCAGGCGUUGGACCAGCCAAUGAAAUCAAUGAUCCCAUUAAAACGUUACCCUGCAGUCCUCCUGGAGAGUGUCAAGUUGAACCAAACUAUUCUAAAAUUUCUCUUAGUUGGGAGAAACCUGCUGAGCUCGGAUCAGACGUUCAAAUACUGAGCUACAUUGUUGAAUACGCAAGCACAGCCAACAGUUCAGAGGUAGAAGGUCUCCUUUGGAACCAAACAAGGUCAAGUGGCCAAAAGGCCAUAAUUUCAGGUCUUCACUCAGAGACACAGUAUGCAGUCAGGGUCAGAUGUGACUGUGGUGGAGCCGGCAGAAGCAAGGAAAACAAGAUUGUUACAGUUUGGACAACAAAGGGGCUUGCUUAUGAUCUGAAAGCCAUUAGCAAGAAAAUAAACUCAAGUCUCCCAUCAGUUUAUGAAUUCCCACUGAGGGAGGAUAAGAUGUACAUAGAUGGCUGCAGAAGGUUUAUAUUUGGUGAAAAAAGUCCAAGGCCCAACCGUACCAUCAUGCUGCUUGGAGCAACUGGAUCAGGGAAGUCCAUUCUUAUCAAUAGAAUGAUCAACUACAUGGUUGGUGUAGAGUGGAACGACAGUUUCAGAUUUAAAUUAAUCAAUGAAGAUUCAUCAAGAUCCCAAGCUCACAGUCAGACCUCAGAAGUCACCGUGUAUGAAAUCUACCACCAGGAUGGGUUUAAAAUCCCUUACUCCCUGACGGUGAUAGAUACUCCAGGCUUUGGAGACACCAGAGGCAUUGACAGAGACAGGGAGAUCACACAGCAGCUCCACAACCUCUUCACUAGCAAGGACGGUGUCAGUGAAAUAGAUGAUGUGUGCUUUGUAGCUCAGGCUGCUUUAGCCCGUCUCACACCAACACAGAAAUAUGUCUUUGACUCCAUUCUCUCCAUCUUUGGCAAAGAUAUAGCAGAGAACAUCAGGAUCCUGGUGACGUUUGCAGAUGGUCAGAAGCCACCGGUUCUGGCAGGGAUCCUAGAGUCAGGCGUUCCUUGUCCUAAAGAUGCAAAAGGUCUGCCGGUUCUCUUCAAAUUUAACAACUCUGCUCUGUUUGCGGACAAUAAAUCUUCUGCAGUGGACAACUUGAGCGGGGACGAUGAUGAAGAAAACUUUGAUAAGAUGUUUUGGAACAUGGGAACAAAAAGCAUGAAAAGGUUUUUUGCUGCUCUGAAUCAAAUAAAAACCAAAAGCUUGGUUCUCACCAAGCAGGUCCUGAGAGAAAGAAAACAGCUGGAGGUUUUAGUUGAGAAUCUGCAGAUUCAGGUUAGACUUGUUUUAGCCAAACUGGAGGAGAUCAGGGAGACGAGAGCGAAAAUUAAGGAGCAUGAAGCAGAGAUCAGUAGAAAUGAGAACUUUGAGUUUGAGGUCCGCGUUCAAAAGCCUAAUCUGUACAGAUGGAUAUCUGAGAGACGAACAGUGAAAGAGCUGAAAGAAAACUAUGAAAAAGCCACAUUGCAGAAGAUGACUGUUGAGGGACUGAUGAGGAAACUAAAGGGUGAAUACGAUAUCAUGGAGGAUGAGGUGAACAAGUUAAUGGAGAAGUCGGCCAAGUGUCUGAACAGACUGAAGGAGAUAGCGCUGAAGACAAAUCCUCUCUCCACUCCAGAUUACAUUGAGAUGCUCAUUGAAGGAGAGAAACAGGAGGCCAAACCGGGCUGGAAACAACGGGUCGAGUCACUGAUAAAAAUGAAACAAAAAGCAGAGUACAUGGCUAAAGUGGAGAAAGGAGAAAAACCUCUAAUCCGUGAAGCAUCAAUUGAUGUUACUCCUUAAAUCAAGA